AUGCAACAAACCCGGGACGACGUCCGCAGAAGUAGCAAUUUACACCCCACACCACCGCAACCAAUAAUCAUCGGCAUCGGGCAAAGCGCGGGGAAUUUCCCUCAGAUGAUGGUAGAUAUCGAGGUGAUUCUGUCAAGUUCCGGGUUCUCAAACGCCGACAAGAACACCAUUCGGAGGAUUGCGGGCGAGAGAAAUCCAGAGGAAGCUAUCGAGGAGUAUUUAAAAAAGGCUGAACCGGAUAUUAAUCGAGAGGGAGCACAGGAAAACCCAAUCUGUCUCACAGAUGAAAUGGAAUGUGACGGGACCGAUGGUGAUGUGGUUAUGAACAAUUCUGCAAACGACAGCGAUGAUAUAAGGUACGCCAAUGAUAACGAUCGCGACCUCUUCGGCCACGUUGAAAUGAAUCGUCACCGCUUUAUGUUAGGGCAUUUGGAUGAUAAGGAUGGAAAAUCAAACCAACCGGUGGACUCUCUUCCAGGAGUUAUUGUAUCCGAGGGUUCACAUGAUUUUGACAUGGAAGACGGCAGCGUACCUUCUGCACAGAAAACUGUGGGUGCGCAAGGAAUGUCCACCAAGAAUGAGGAUGCAUUAAAACUCAACGAAUCCCAAAGAAGAAUGGAUAGACCGACUCUCUGGACCCCCGAGCAAAAGACAAAUAUAAUUCCUCAUGGAAGCCGGGAUGGAGACUAUCAAAGGCGAUCUCGUUCAGAGCUUCCUAACGUAUGGAGGGCCGUGUCAUCUGCCUCGCAUAGACAUGAACGUAGACAUGAACGGCUAUUAACUGCCUCCCGAAACCGUGAACGCUCACCGGCCAACCCCAGGCAUUUCAACGAUAGGAACACCAGGAAAGCCCUUCGUGUGUCAAGAUACGAGAACCUAGGGCUUUAA